ACGAUGAGUGGGAGAAAACAGGUGAAAAUUGGACGGGUAGAAUAUACAGGAAAACUACGCAUUUCCUGUUCGCGUGCAUCCAGACAUGAAUAACCUAAACAGCUGUUUCAACGAAGUUAUUUUAAUAUUCUAUGAACAACCACAAGCUAGCUGGAAAGAAUUGCUUACAAAAUAAUUUUUACAAAAGCUAGCAGAAAGCGAAACAGGUAACAGUUGACUACAAGUUAUUCAUACACAGCGCUAUUUCGCUGGCGUGACCGCACUCCACCUUGAAAAAACUAAAAUGAAAUUAAAACGCGUGGCCAAUCGAAUAUUUCCAGUGUUUGAAAACUGUUGCCCUGCAUUGAAUUGUUACUAAUCGAAGUUUGUGUUUAAAAAGAGGGAACAAUAAUUUAAAAAUAUUUCUCAGAUGUUUACUGUACAAAUAAUCACUGACGAUUCGGAAGAACGUAAGUAAUUUGAGGAAUCCGUGGCGCCUUAGAGCUCGUGCUUGAUUUCAUGAUGUCAUUUGCAUAACUUGACAGGAGAUAUAACACGCGAGCAACAUAACGAAACAUAAUCGAUUUACAGCGAGCAAAGACAGAAAGCAAAGAAAAUUACUCAAAGAAACUAAUUUGACAGUAAAACACAUGUUCCCGAUUUUGGAUUUCAUCGAAGAGAAUAUCAUUGGGGGAAACACAAGAUUCAUAGGACCUUAUGGAGAAAAGAAAGUUAUUUAUUGUGACUACACAGCCUCUGGAAAACCUCUCAAGUUCAUCGAGAACUACAUCCGGGACUACGUAUACCCCUUUUACGCCAACACUCAUACAACGACUAGUGUGACGUCACGACAGACGACGAGAUUUAGACAAGAGGCACGUACUAUCAUCAAAAAAUGUGUCAAUGCUACAAACGAAGAUGUUGUAGUGUUUACAGGAAGUGGAACAACAAGUGCUAUUCACAAGUUAAUUCACGCUCUGCAACUGGAGGAAAGGAAGCACGAGAGACAUCUAAGCAUUUUUCCAUUCUUUCAGGUUGUGUUUGUCGGCCCUUUUGAACAUCACUCAAAUAUUUUGCCGUGGAAGGAAACUGGAGCCAAGAUUGUGCGAAUAAAUGACAAUGAAGAAGGAACAGUGGAUAUGGACAUGCUUGAGGAAAAUUUAAAGAAAUACCGUUUAGCAGAGUACAACAUGUACGUGGCGUUUUCAGCAGCUUCAAAUGUGACUGGAAUCCUGACAGACACUGUGGCUGUAGCUGAACUGUGUCACAAAUAUGGCGCCUUAUCUUUCUGGGAUUAUGCCACAGCCGGUCCGUACCUCAACAUCGACAUGAACCCAACACAGAAUGGGUAUAAGGAUGCAAUUUUUCUUUCUCCUCACAAGUUCGUUGGAGGGACUGGCACUUCGGGCUUGCUUAUCGCUAAGAAAAGUGUGUUCAAGAACCCAGUCCCUGGCGGCUGUGGAGGCGGAACAGUGUUAUUUGUGACACGUGACACGCAUUUAUAUUUAAAAGACAUUGAAGAAAGAGAAGAAGGUGGAACACCAGCUAUUGUGGAGUCAAUACGGGCUGGUAUGGUCUUCCAACUUAAACAGGUAAGUUAUGGCUUUGACCUCGUGCCAUCUUCAGAUGUAAUCAUGUUUAUAUUUCUUAUUAUAUUUGUUCUUGUUAGGAAAGCGUUUGAAGCUUUAGGUGAAAACCCAAACAUUGCUAUACUAGGAAAUGACACCGCUAGUCGGCUACCUAUUUUUUCCAUAAUCAUCUACCAUCAGGACAGCGGUAAACUUGUGCAUCAUAACUUUGUUUCUGUCCUUCUGAAUGAUCUCUAUGGCAUCCAGGCUCGUGGAGGAUGCGCAUGCGCAGGACCUUACGCACAGGAUCUGCUUGGUCUUAAUGAAUCAAUGGCCAGAAAAUUCACGUGGUUCCUCGAAAAGCAUGAAAAUGAAAGUGUGGGAGGAUUAUUAAAGGAACCAUUAGAAAUAAUGAAACCUGGCUUUGCUCGAGUCGGUCUUCCUUACUUCAUGAACGACAAACCAGUGGAUUUUGUACUAAAUGCUGUCAACAUGGUAGCUACGCAUGGAUGGAAACUGUUACCGCAGGAUAUUGCUGAGGCAGCCAAGCGAGUUUUCAACGAGGCAGUUGAUGUAAACAAGGAAAUAUCCACUAUAGAAGAAGAAGUAAUCGAGUUUACGGACGACAGAAACCAGUUAGUCUGGUUUCUGCAGCCAAAUGAAGCGCAGUUUUACUUAGCGGCAGAGACAUUGAAAUAUAAGCCUAAACCAUUUGGAAGGAACAAGUCUCCGUUUACACCAAAGCAUGGCCAUUCACCUCGGGUAUCACCGCAAAUAUCUCCAGCUGGAUCAGAUCCAGAUUUACACAUGAAUGGUCACGUGGAUGGUCACGUGGAAAGUCCGUCUGAUGAUUCUGAAGACGUUACACAGAAGCACACGUUACUCCAAGCUCGUGAGGACUGGGAUCCUAAGGAUUCUCAUAAAAAGGUCGCUGGUGGAAAAAAGAAAAGGGACGUCAUUGAAAAAAUCAAACGUGCUUUAUGUCAUGUACCUCGACACUAAACUUUUAAAGAAAUCUUCAGCGAAGGAUUAAGUUUUUAAUAGUAUCCGAAGUGUAGGAAUUGCUUCUUGUUAUUCAGAAUUUCCUCUGGAUUGGUAAUGUUCGUCAUGAGGGUCAUAAUCAGUGGAAAUAAUGAAUAAUGACAGAUUCAGUCCGACUGAAAGUUUCUUUGACAAAAUUUUAAUAUUUAAAUAAAUUUAUAUUUAUAUAUUUAUUUCUCAACCGCGUUAUAAUAAAUGGACGUUCAUAAGAACGUUUUUUACUUAGAGUGUGAGCAAGAAAUAGUGGUGUGCAAAAUAAGUUUCACCUGUCGAUGUGUGUAGAGUUUUAUUCCUAUUUUUCAGUGUGUACUUCAAGUUUGUAAGGUUAUCUAAGGUGGCAUUCGAAUACUGAUUCAAAAAUGUUUUCUCCUUCUUCCAAACUGUGUGGUCUUUUGUUAUGUAGUUUUUUGAACCAACAGAAACAGAUUAUUUCACGGUGGUGAGCUCACUAUGACGGACUCACCAAUGAACUUUUUACAUUUGUUUGUAUUAUAGUUCGUCUUUAAAUAAGAUACUUGAAAGGCAACAUACUGAGCUUAUUGUCGCCGUAUUACGUUGUAAUACUUGACGGUUUCUGAACGCAGCUCAAAGUAUAGGCGUUUAUUCAUUCGCGGAAUAAGCAGAAAAGCACUCCGCCCUUCACCUCACUUCACUCGCCCCAGUUCUUCUUGUUAUUAUGCAACUGAUAGAAAUAUAUGGAACGAAUUUACCACAGGUUAUUGCGCAGAUUUCGCGCCUCGUCCCCAGCCGGAGCUCCCGCGUUUUCCUUCAGCGGUGAACGAAUGCCCAACGCUCUGGGCGAAAGCAUACAAUCCUAGUUCCGGUUCGUUUGUACCCUUGAAUUCCAGGUGCGCCUAAGUUCGACAAUGGCUUCUCCUCACAUGCGUAGAAGGGGAGUGAACGCUGUGAUAGAUGCUGGCUCGCCUUCCAAACGAUUUUGACCUCGUAUUCUUUAGUCUUAAAUAGGGUAGGGGUUUUGGGAAGCGGGCCGCACACCCCCACCCGACUGUUCUGGGAGUACCCCUCCCCGGGCCAGAUAUAAACGUACUACCAUGCGGAAGAGUAGCCCAGGGUUUUUACGUCAGGCUUUGGCAUGUCGUUUCGGUCACACUCGCUUCUUUCUAAAGAGAGGGGGAAACUAUUUAGCUGUCAUUUAUCUACCGUGUAAGAAAUAUUUGCACAAAUCUUAUUUGAACGCCAAUUAAAACAGUUGUGGAAUCUCUUUGUUAGUGUACUAGUUCCACUCAAAAAUACGCGUGAGCCCAAAUGCCAGAAAGUUGUUCAUCCAGUGGGGCACAAAAUGGAUACAGGCUUUUGAAGCACAAGUAAAAAUAAAUAUUUCUUUAAUCGUCAACGUUUCAAAAUGCAGUUAGUGUAGAAGGUUCAGGUACUGUUGGCAGCCGGUCUUGCUUUUCUUCUCCUGAGGGCCCCACCCAUGUCUUGUCCCAAUCCCUUUUCGUCCAAAGGGUCUCGCCUCAUUCUCCCAGGCUGAUUGCGAGAAAAAAAGAGCGCCAGCGACCUACUUAAGUUCAAAGAUAUCAAUAAAAUGACCAUGAGUUCAGCCAUAUGAAUAUCUGAAUAAUUCUCCUACUGUAAUUAUGGAUAUAAGAGCAGCUAAGAGCUGUGUAAUUUUGAUGUCUGCCUUGUCUACCCACAGACUCUCUGUUUUGUCUUGAGUUCAUUGACAUAAAAAAUAACUUGCACGAAAAAAGUCUGUUGAGACUAAUGCCCACCUUGCAUUGGGGCAUACAAUAAAUUAUUACAAAUUUGUUAUACAUAAAUGAGUGAUAUUCAUUGGAGGCAGCCGAUCAAAUUACGCUUAUUACACUGGGUACCAAAGAUACUUAUCAUGCAAUUUCAUGGAAACUGCCAGUUCUUUCAUCUCAUCUCAUCUUAUUCUUUCAUAAUGCAUCUUGUUGUAAGUUAUGAAAAUUUCUCAAGUGUCCCUGACCACAAAAUUGCUAUGUAUUGUCCCCUUUUAUACUUAAAUCAAAAGUUUACAUCACCUCCAUGAUAGAUCUUCUUACACUGUAGUUCAUUACUAAUGUUUGGUGUUUUUUCUACCUUAGAAAACUGAUAAUUUGAGGUUUCUUUCAAUUUGAAAUUUAUUUGUUUAUGUAAUUUCAAAGCAAUUUUGUACUUGA